AUGAAUUCUCACGUCUUCUGGCUGCUGUUACUGUUGUCUGCUUCUGUCAGCGUCAUUGCCCAGGAGGCGAAGGACCCCAGACAGACUGUGGUGAUAGAUUUAGGAGCCAACCAGAAGCUAAGGGGACUUAACGUCAGCUCGCCAUCGGGUGUCAACGUGUACACGUUUUACGGGAUACCUUAUGCACUUCCACCAGUAGGUAAUCUCAGGUUUCAGCCACCGAAGCCAGCCCUCGAAAGAACGGGGAUCAGAGACGCCGUCUCCAAGAGUGCUAUAUGUCCUCAGUUUACCACCGAAGACUUGACCUCUGUGAGGUCAGAAGACUGCCUCUAUCUCAAUGUUUUCACACCGGAUGUGAACGCCUCACUUCCGGUUCUCGUGUGGAUCCAUGGGGGAGGCUACAGAGCUGGUUCAGCAUAUAACGAUGGGGAUGGUGCUACUUUUGCGCCUCAAGGAGUUGUAGCUGUGACCAUCAACUACCGACUCGGAGGUCUGGGCUUUCUGUCCACCGGUGAUGAUGUCAUGCCCGGAAAUUAUGGGAUGUUAGACCAGGUACUUGCUCUAAAGUGGGUUCAGAAAUACAUUUCUGCAUUUGGUGGUGAUCCUGCACAAGUGACCAUUGGUGGGGAAAGCGCUGGGGCUUUCAGCGUGUCCCUGCUAGUAGUUUCUCCCUUAACAAAGGGACUCUUCAAAAGAGCCAUAAUGGAAAGCGGUUCAGCGCUGAAUCUAGGCGCAGUGGAAAGGGCCAGUUCCAAAACUAAAGUACGAGAUGCUACCUUGCGAUCUGCUGCACGUGUAGGAUGCAACCAAACGUCUUCAGCUGAAAUCUUACAAUGUCUUCAAGCAGUUAAGGUUGAUGUUCUGUUGAAUGCUACACAAGACGCCGUUAUCGAUCCUAGGAUCGAAUCAAAGUUCGGCUUUUUGCCAGAUUAUCCCAUAAAUUUACUGAAAGCUGGAAAUUACAGUAAAGUGGACACGAUACAGGGAGCUAACUCUGGGGAAGGGUCGUCAGCCGUGCAGGAUCCUGAAGACGAUGGCGUGACGAGACUACAAUUUGAAAGUGUUGUUACAAGUCAGUUGGGAAGUUUUAGCAAAUCUGGUGACAUUGUAAAGGAGUUUGUCGAUGCAUAUAUAGGAAACGAAACAGAUCCUUUGGUGCUGAGAUCAAUCCUCGUUCAAGCGGUUACAGAUUUGAGAUUUGGAGUCAGUACCCUUACUGAAAUAAACAAGUAUGCCACGGCUCCAAAUGCAGCAACCAAACACUUUCUCUACCAGUUCAGAUACAGGAUGAGUGGCACAAGGACGCCCGCCUGGCGGGGCGUUGACCACGCAGCUGAACGACGCUUUGUCUUUUACCCAGAUUCCCGCUACAAUUACUCUACAGCAGACGACAGGGCGGUAGGUCGUCAAGUUCAGACCAUGUGGGCAAACUUCAUCAAAUAUGGCGACCCUACUCCCACAAGCGUUCAGACAUCUACAGGAGGACCUAAGCUUGUGAAGUGGGAGCCGUUCACUCCAGCCAAGCCUAAAUUACUGGAGAUAGACGUGGUGUCCAAGCUUGUGACUUACACAAGACUCUCCUUGAUUAACUUGUUUGAGAGAAUUCUAGGACUUGCAAACUCACCCUCACAAGACAACCCCAUUGUUGGGUAA